AUGUCUAAGGCAAAAGACUUCAAAGAAGCUUUCAAAAAGCUCGAUCAAUUUAACAACGGCGAGAUCUCAGAGAGUGAAUUUAACGUGCGUGGCAUUAUAGGCAACGAUUCUACUCCUAUGACAAUGUCUGCAGUCGAUAAUGUGAUUGGAGAGCUUGGAGCUGAUGGUGAAGACCGAGUAUUCGGAGCUUCCACGUUUUUGGUUAGACAUCGUCAUUUAUCUCAAGCUCUGAUUAACGAGUUGAAAAAGGAGGUUGAUAUGUUUGAUCCAGAAGAUAAUGAAAAUAAAACAGAGAAUCAACUUCAAGUCUCGAAGAAACAUGUCGAGAAUCAACUUCAAGUCUCGAAGAAACAUGUCGAGGAUGGAAUCCCUAAAGACUUGGAAGAUUGGGUUGUGAUAGAGAAUAAUGACUUGGAAUCUUCUUAG